AUGAGAUGGCAUGCUAAAGAACGACCCACUGAUGGGAAUAUAAGGCAUCCUGCUGAUGGAGAAGCUUGGAAGCAUUUUGAUUCUCUACACCCAGACUUCUCCAGAGAUUCACGUAAUGUUAGGUUGGGUCUUUCAAGUGAUGGUUUCAACCCAUUUCUAACCAUGAGCAUUUCUCAUAGCACGUGGCCUGUCAUGUUAAUGAACUAUAAUUUAUCACCAUGGAUUUGCAUGAAGCCAAAAUAUAUCAUGUUGUCAAUGAUCAUUCCAGGUCCUUUAUCUCCAGAAAAUGAUAUAGAUGUGUAUCUGCAACCAUUAAUUGAAGAAUUGAAGGAACUAUGGGAAACUGGGAUAGAAACAUAUGAUGCUGAGACAAAGCAAACAUUCCAAAUGCGUGCAGCCUUAUUGUGGACAGUUAGUGAUUUUCUAGCUUUAGCAAUGCUUUCAGGCUGGAGCACCAAGGGUAGAUUGGCAUGCCCCACUUGUAAUUACGACACAUGCUCACGAUAUCUCAAACAUAGUCAUAAGACGUGUUACUUGGGUCAUCGAAGAUUUUUGCCUCUUGAUCAUCCAUCGAGAAAAGAUAAGAAGUCAUUUGAUGGUAAUGAGGAGCAUAGACAGGCACCUACUCCUUUGUCGGGUGUGGAAAUGUUUGAAGAGCUCCGUGAAUUCAACAAUGUCUUUGGAAAGGGAAAAAAGAAAAGACCAUGGAUAACAAGGGUCCGUGGAAAAAAAUAUCUAUUUUUUUUUGAAUUGCCAUAUUGGGCACAUAAUAAAUUGAGGCACAAUCUUGAUGUGAUGCACAUCGAGAAAAACAUAUGUGACAGUUUACUUGGGACUUUAUUGGAAAUAGAAAAGAAGUCAAAGGAUCAUGUAAAUUCUCGCUAUGACUUACAAGAAAUGGGGAUACGAAAGGAGCUACAACCAAGAGAAGAUGAUGAUGGUAGUGUGAGUUUGGCUAAUGCUUGUUUCUACAUGAAACCAGGACAGAAAAAUUUGUUUUGCACCGUUAUGAAAAAUGCCAAGUUACCAAAAGGGCGUGCUUCAAAUAUUUCAAAUCGCGUGCAAAAAGGCGUUUCCCAAGAGCGUCUCGUUGGCCUUGUUGAACCUGAAAUUGUUGAAAUAACUUGUGAGCUUGAAAAGAUUUUUCAUCCAACAUUUUUUGACAUAAUGCCACAUUUGCCUAUUCAUUUGGUGAAUGAAAUUAAGCUUGGGGGUCCGGCUCAUCUUCGUUGGAUGUAUUCCAUUGAGAGGAACCUAUGUAACUACAAGGCAUUUGUUUUUAAUCGAUCUUGUCCAAAAGCAUCAAUAGCAGAGGGAUUUUUGGCGGAAGAGUGCUUGAAUUUUUGUUCAAGAUACAUACAUGAUGGCGUGAAGACAAGAUUCAGUAGAUACACAACUGUGGAUGAUGAGUGCCCUCAAAAUUUGUCACCUAUAUUCCCUAUGAUAGGACAUCCAAUUGUAAGUAUGAAGAAAAAUACUUUUCUCAUGGAUCCACAGUUAUGUUUUGAAGCCCAUCGGUAUGCUCUGUUCAAUACUGGCGAUGAACAAGUGGAAAAGUUUAUCGAGGAACAUAAGAAUUUAAUUGGUAGUCACAGUAGAUCAAAUGCAUGGGAAAGGGCAAGGAAGUAUAGUUGGGAAUUCAACAAUUGGUUUGCAGAAAAAGUUAAAAAUAUUGAAGAACCCGAUUAUUUAAGAUGGCUAGCUAAAGGGCCUAAUACGAUCGCCAAAAGAUAUACUGCAUAUUUUAUUAAUGGAUACCGAUUUCAUAUCAUAGAACGGGAUUCCCGAUGCAAGAUUCAAAAUAGUGGUGUGACUUUAUCGGCAACAACCGAUAGCUUUGCUAGCUCUAGGGACCAAAAUCCCAUCGAUAGUGAGGUUAUCUAUUAUGAAGCUAUUCAGGAUAUCAUUGAGAUUGAUUAUUGGGGUUGUUUUAGCGUUGUACUAUUUAGAUGUGAUUGGUUCCGUAACGAAAUAGAUGAAUAUGGGUCAACUCGUGUAUACUUUAACAAAUUAUGUAGUACAGAUGACCAUUUUGUGUUGGUAUCAAAAGUUUAUCAAGUUUUUUAUGUGGAGGAUCCAGUUGAGAAAGAUAUUUAUUAUGCAAGGAAUAAAGUCCAUGUUGAUUUGUAUGAUUUAGAGGAAGAGAAUUGCCCUAAUAUUGAAGACGCAUUUUGGAGAGAGCCUAAUGAUGACAUUGGUUCCUUAAGUGGAUUUGUUGAUGCUGACGUUAGAUGGUCUAGAGACGACGUACCCGUUGGUGUCAUUGAUAUUCCAUCUAAUGCACAACAUUCAAAUGAUACAAUUAUAGAAACAUCGGAAGAGGAGGAUGAGUUUGACGAUACUGAUUAG